GCAAGAACCCUAAAUUUUCGUCAUCUUCAUCACACGUGCCCAGAACCAAGAGCUUACCUCGGCAUCUGAUUUAGCAAUCUGGAUCAGGUCUGCAAUUUCUGAUGAUUCACUCUCCAUUGUUGUAAAUCUAUGUUUCAGCUUAUGAUCAAAAACCAAUGCGUAUGAAUCGUCUAUGUUCACCAAAUCAGUACACGUAAAAGCGAAUGUGAUUUCUCUAAUUCUACCGGAGAGCUUAUUCAAACCUGUAAUUCGCUUCGUGUUUUGCGUAUACGUCUGCUCAAUCUUCAAGAUCAUAACUUUUUGAUUAACCUAUGGCUCUUUUAAUAUCUUGUGGGGAAGUUACCUCUUCUCAAUUCACUGUAUUUCGCUUACUCAACCAAAGCCUUGAUUUUGUUAGUGACAAUGUCUCUAGGCUCUUAGCUCCUAUUUUCACCAACCUCAGGGACUUUGAAAUGCGUCUUUCUUGUAUCGAACGUCCUCCAUCCAUUUCUGGCAAUCAUUCUCAUUUGUGCACUGAGAAAUGGUUUUCUGAUCAAAAAGAUUAUGAUCAAAAGGAAGACCCGGAAGCUAUUUUCAAUGUGUUGGAUUAUAUCUUGAAAAGCAGCUUGGAUCGUCUGGCUUCAUUGAGGGAGAGUGUAUGUCAGACAAAGAGUUUUGAUUACGAUGAUUGUUUAUCUAUUCACUCGUCUAUAAUGAGGGAUCUUUGUUUGCAAGGGAAGUUGGAUGCUGCUCUCUGGCUACGGAAAAAAAUGAUAUAUAGUGGAGUUAUUCCAGGUUUGAUCACGCACAAUCAUCUUUUAAAUGGGUUGUGUAAAGCAGGUUAUAUCGAGAAGGCGGAUGGGCUUGUUAGAGAGAUGAGGGAGAUGGGUCCUUCGCCUAAUUGUGUCUCUUAUAACACCUUAAUCAAGGGUCUUUGCAGUGUUAACAAUGUAGAUAAAGCUCUGUACCUCUUCAAUACUAUGAAUAAAUAUGGUAUUAGGCCAAAUAGAGUGACUUGCAAUAUAAUUGUGCAUGCACUUUGCCAGAAAGGUGUUAUAGGAAACAACAACAAAAAGCUUCUUGAAGAGAUCUUAGAUAGUAGCCAGGCGAACGCACCCUUGGAUAUAGUCAUCUGUACCAUUCUGAUGGAUAGUUGUUUUAAGAAUGGAAAUGUGGUUCAAGCCCUUGAGGUUUGGAAGGAGAUGUCACAGAAAAAUGUCCCUGCUGAUUCAGUUGUGUACAAUGUCAUUAUUCGUGGGUUAUGUUCGAGUGGAAACAUGGUAGCUGCUUAUGGGUUCAUGUGUGACAUGGUAAAGAGAGGAGUGAAUCCUGAUGUUUUCACUUACAACACUCUCAUUAGCGCCUUGUGCAAAGAGGGAAAGUUUGAUGAGGCAUGUGAUCUCCAUGGUACCAUGCAAAAUGGUGGUGUUGCUCCUGAUCAGAUCUCAUACAAAGUUAUUAUUCAAGGUUUAUGUAUACAUGGAGAUGUGAACAGGGCGAACGAGUUCCUUCUAAGCAUGCUAAAAAGUUCUCUGCUUCCAGAGGUUCUGCUAUGGAAUGUGGUUAUUGAUGGUUAUGGAAGAUAUGGUGAUACUAGCAGUGCUUUAUCUGUUCUGAAUCUAAUGCUUUCGUACGGUGUUAAACCAAAUGUUUACACAAACAAUGCUUUGAUUCAUGGGUAUGUGAAAGGGGGAAGAUUAAUUGAUGCAUGGUGGGUCAAAAAUGAAAUGCGAUCUACCAAAAUCCACCCAGAUACUACCACCUAUAAUCUGCUACUAGGUGCUGCUUGUACAUUGGGUCACUUGCGGUUGGCAUUUCAGUUGUAUGAUGAAAUGCUGAGAAGGGGAUGUCAACCUGAUAUCAUUACGUAUACUGAGCUGGUUAGAGGGCUCUGUUGGAAGGGUCGAUUGAAGAAAGCCGAAAGCCUUCUGUCGAGAAUACAAGCAACUGGUAUAACAAUAGAUCAUGUUCCAUUUUUGAUACUAGCAAAGAAAUAUACCAGAUUGCAGAGGCCAGGCGAGGCGUAUUUAGUUUACAAAAAGUGGUUAGCGACGAGGAACAGAGGAGUUUCUUGUCCAAGCAUACUAAAUCACAUGCAUACAGAAGAGCAGUAAUGCAGCUGGUUUAAUCAAGAAACAGAGCAAAUUUAUCCUACCCCGAAAUGCCUAUUGCCUCUCCGGUAGUUGUUUAAGGACACCUGAGCCAAGUUUAGUUUCUUUUCGAAACGUAGAAGAUUCGACACGAGGAACGACAGAACUUUGUUCCAGAUAUCGAUCUUGGUGGAGUCACAAGAAGUCACUUUAUUACUACAAAUGGUUUUGAUGGAUGGUUGAACGCACACAGGGCUGUUUCUUCAAAAACUCCCAAUAUAGUUUCUUGUCUGAAACACGAGAAGCCUUUCAUUUCAAUUUACAGGGAAAAUGUGAAUAUCCCUUUCAAGCAAUGAUUCUCGGGUCAGUAAGAGUCAUGUUAUGCUAUCAUAUUGGCUUAUUGCGUUUGAAAGUUAAUGAUGAUAAUUGGUUCAUGUACAACAAGAUGUUUAAUCAUCCAUUCUGGUUGGCUUUGUAGAACAAUAAUUUCUCAACUUCUGUAAUAUUAUCCCAAAAUUUUGAAAUUAAGAAAGAAGCUGUGUUACAAC